UCAAUUUUUCUCUCGAACAUGAAAUCCAUCUCCAAUUCCUUUUUUUUCGCUAUCUGUUGUUGUUCUUUCACUAUGAACACAUUUCAUGUUCUUGCAGAAAAUGGCCCCGAAUCGGAACCCGUGGCUUAUGUCCUUUCUUGCGGCGGCGAAGAUGGUACCGAUUCCGACGGCCGAAAAUGGAUUCCCGACCGAACGUUUCUAUCUUCAUCCGAUAAGAAAGAUGAUACAGAGACCUCAACGGCUCAAUUCCAGGACCCUUCUUUGCCAUCAACGUUUCCAUACAUGAAUGCUAGGAUUUUCCGAUCAUCGUCGACGUCGUACAAGUUCCCAAUUUUUACGAAUAGUCGUCUAUGGCUUCGGCUCCAUUUUUACCCCACCACUUACAGCAAUCUAGACCCUUUCAGCUCCUAUUUCUCCGUUUUCGCCAACGGGGUCACGCUUCUGAAUAACUUCAGCGCAGCCUUGACCGCGAAGGCUUUCACGCAGGCUUAUAUAUUAAGGGAAUUCUCUUUGAUGCCGAUCGAAUCAGGCGAUCUCAAUGUUACGAUCACCCCCGGUAAGGAGUCCUAUGGUUUCAUCAAUGGCAUUGAAGUGAUACCUAUGCCUGAUAUAUUCAACCAGCCUGCUAUACUUGUUGGAUACAGUGGUGAAACUCUAGAUCUCCAUAGCUCGAAUCUGCAAACGAUGUUUCGGUUAAACGUAGGCGGACAGUUCAUGGCACCGAACAAUGAUUCCGGCCUUACUCGAGCGUGGUACGAUGAUGCACCGUAUUUGUUCGGUUCCGCAAUCGGCGUCACAUCUCAGGUCGAUAAAAAUGUUAAGAUCCAAUAUACAGAGGAAGUAAAGGAAUACAUUGCGCCGGCCGAUGUGUACAGUACGGCACGGUCGAUGGGACCGGAUUCGAAAGUUAAUCAGAAAUAUAACCUUACUUGGAUCUUUCAGGUUGAUGCAGAUUUCACAUAUGUUGUUAGGUUACAUUUUUGUGAGUUUCUGCUUACCAGAAUCAAUGAAAGAGUGUUUGAUAUUUUUAUUAACAAUCAAACAGCACAACUUGGGGCUGAUGUAAUUGCAUGGGCUGGCUCUCGGGGCAUACCGGUUUAUAAAGAUUAUGCAACCUAUGUUCAAAAUGGGACUAAUGAGAUAUGGGUGGCAUUGCAUCCGGACGAACGUUCGAGGCCGGAGCGUUACGAUUCAAUCCUUAACGGAUUGGAGAUUUUCAAAGUUAACAACACGAACGAAAAUUUGGCCGGUCCGAAUCCAGUGCCGUCGGAAAUGCUUACUAAUGCCGAAGCAGCGUAUAAACAGUUCGCAACAUCGGAAACUAAAGUUGGAAAAUUGAUUGGUGGGGUUGCUGGAGGGGUUGCGAGUUGUGCUUUAGUGGUUGCAUUGGUUGUUUUUGUUAAGAAAAAGAAGCAUGAUGUUGGUCCUGGUAAAACCGUCAAUUCGUUUCCUGUUUACGGAAGUUCCCGUCAAUCGGGAACAACCGGUAAACCAAGCACCGGCAGCCACCUUAUGAAUAUUGCCGCUGGUCUCUGCAGGCAUUUCUCCUUAUCGGAUAUAAAAAAUGGAACCGAGAACUUCAGUGAAUCACAUGUUAUCGGUGUUGGAGGAUUCGGUAAGGUUUAUAAGGGUACUAUAGAUGGAGGGACUAAAGUUGCUAUUAAAAGAUCAAAUCCUUCUUCCGAUCAAGGAGUUCACGAAUUCCAGACCGAAAUCGAGAUGCUCUCGAAGCUCAGGCACCGGCAUUUAGUCUCUUUGAUCGGAUUUUGCGAGGAAGACGGGGAGAUGAUCUUGGUCUAUGAUUAUAUGGCUAAUGGGACCUUAAGGGAACAUUUGUACCAAACUAAUAAGCCCCCCUUGUCUUGGAAGCAAAGAUUGGAAAUAUGCAUUGGAGCUGCUAGAGGACUUCAUUAUCUUCACACUGGCGCAAGGCAUACGAUCAUACACAGAGAUGUUAAGACUACAAACAUUUUAUUAGAUGAGAAUUGGGUCGCGAAAGUUUCCGAUUUUGGACUAUCGAAAACCGGUUCGAAUCUUGACCAAACUCACGUCAGUACAAUGGUGAAAGGUAGCUUUGGUUACUUGGACCCUGAAUACUUUCGUAGACAACAACUGACCGAAAAAUCCGACGUCUACUCCUUCGGGGUAGUCCUGUUCGAGGUGUUGUGCGCAAGGCCGGUAUUGGAUUCAAGCUUGGCGAAAGAACAAGUUAGUCUCGCCGAUUACGCUCAGCAUUGCCAAAAGAAAGGAACACUCCAUCAAAUCAUCGAUCCACAUCUCAAGGGAAAGAUUAACCCGGAGUGCCUUAAGAUAUACACCGAGGUAGCUGGAAAGUGUUUAUUGGAUGAGGGGAUCGAUCGACCUUCGAUCGGCGACGUGCUUUGGAACCUCGAGUUCUGCCUUCAACUGCAAGAAAAUCCGGAAGGAGUUGAAGUGGCCGAAGAUAAGGCUAAUAAUGCUUAUGAUACACACACGGCAACGAUCUCCGUCGAAGAAGAGAUAGCUAACAAAGAAGCCAAUUCAACACAAUCAAAUCCUUUCUCAAUGUUGGUGGAUCUCAAAGGAAGAUGA